ACAUCAGCAGACUGACUCGAUCUGACUGACACGUACUGGUUUGUUAAGAAACUGUAGCAGCGAGCGAUCCAGGAAAGCUCCCGAACAUUUCGGAAGGCAGAGCCCAGUAGGAGGCAUUGUUGGAUCAAAACGCUCUUUAAGAUCCUGAAUACCCGAUACCAUCAUGAACGUGUUUGACCGCAACAUCAAUAUUGACGCCAUCUUCAGGUUCUCCCAAAUAUCUCACUCCACCCAGGUGCACCUGAAGAAUGUGUACUCCAGCUUGGCUGUCUGUAUGUUUGUGGCCGCAGCCGGCUCAUAUGUUCACGUGGUCACCCGCCUUUUGCAGGGCGGCGUGUUGUCUGUGAUCGGCUCGUUGGCCAUGAUGUUCUGGCUCGCCAUGACACCCCACAACCCUGAGACAGAGAAGAAGAGACUGGGAAUCCUUGCUGGAUUUGCCUUCCUCACAGGCGUCGGCCUUGGCCCCACUCUGGACUUUGUCAUCGCGGUCAACCCGAGCAUCAUCAUGACGGCCUUCCUGGGAACCUCAGUGAUUUUCAUCUGCUUCACUCUGAGCGCGCUCUAUGCGAAGCGCAGGAGCUACCUGUUCCUGGGAGGCACUCUGAUGUCCGGCCUCUCCAUCCUCUUCCUCAUGUCUCUGAUGAACAUCUUCUUCGGGUCUAUGAUGUUGUUCAAGGUGCACAUGUACCUCGGUCUGUUGGUCAUGUGCGGCUUCGUCCUCUUUGACACUCAGCUCAUCAUCGAGAAGGCAGAGAACGGAGACAAGGACUACGUGUGGCACUGUGUGGACUUGUUCCUGGAUUUCAUCACAAUCUUCAGAAAGCUGAUGAUCAUCUUGGCCAUGAACGAUAAGGAGAAGAAGAAAGAAAAGAAGUAAAACCUGAUGGAACCGGUGGUCAAAUAUUAAAAUCAGAAAAGGCACAAUUUGCGAUGCACUUGGUGCUUUUUUUUUUUUUUUUUUACUUUCUCCUUUUCUCAAUCUAACUCUUAUGUGGUCUUAUGUUUUUGUUUUUUUGAUUGACUUAUUUUUGAAACUUACAAGGGUUGAAUGUAAGUUUGUGGUACCGUGAUGGCUGUGGAGAACACAACACUGCAGUGACCAGGCUCGGCCUGUAGAGGGGGGUGUUGCCUAACGCAUUCUGAGCAGCGCUUGAAGUUUCUAUUACUGUUAUUUAGUGCCAUAAAUUAAGACUAUAGACUCACUUUUAAGACUCAUGUAAGAUUCAGAAGCUGAAUACUGUUUAAUUUCUGUUUGAUUKCUUAUUUAUAGUUUUCCUCAGUUCACGGUGGUGAAAUGUAAGUUUAGUGACCCAUGAUUUAGAGAAAAUAACCUUUUUUAGGCUUUUUUUUCCUUUCUGUUUUUCCCUGUUUUGUGUAAGAAAUAACAGAACCUGUCAGAAAAAACUAAUCCCAUUAAACCCCUCCAGACUGACUAAAAGCCACUGGACAGACUGGUUUGUAAAUUUAGACAUGCUGGGGAAGGAGACUGUCCCAUUUGUCCUUUUUCUCUUUUAUUUUCCCCCCAGCUCAUUUAACAGCGACAGGUCUUUCAUCUGGAACYCGCCUCUUGUAAAUUUCCCUAAAAUCUGCUGUUGAACCUUUAUUCUGCCAAAUAACGAUGUUAACCAGGCAAUUUGGCAGCAGUGCAAAAUUAUUUUUUUCUUUAAGUGUAAACUGUGAACAAUUUUUGUUGAUGUAUAACAAAAACUAAUUUGAUACAUUUGCUCAAUAAAUGUGUUGAACAGAUUAA